ACAAGUCUUCGACCGGCACAACAAUGCCCCGCUUAUCGGUUUGAAAGAUGGUUUUCGUGACGUAUACUAGGACCCAAGCUUUGUCUACUAUAAGCAGACUUCAGCGGACUCGUACUUGUGUUUCAUAAUUAUUAAUAAAAGCACCAGCAAAGAUGCUGAAGCAAUGCUGGUGCAAAUACAAUCACCCGUUAUAAAUGAAAAGGUAUCAUGGAGUUAGAAACAAAUUAAUUAAAAAGAAUAAUGACUCUUGAUUACAUGACUUGUAUCAAAACCGCAAAACGCUUUCUUCAAUGCAAAUUUUUAUUAUAAAAAAAUCGAGGUUAAAUAAUUCAUACUUUGCAGCAAAAAGACUCAACAAUCUCUAUCUGCCUCAGUGUUUUUAGCCGGCUUUGAUAUGGAUCCAAUGAAUCAAAUCCCAAGUUAGUCAAAGCUCCAAGUAUUCAGUAUGGUGUUACUUCAACUGACAAUCGUCCUUUGCAUCUCAUCACUAGCUGCAUCCAAAGGGCCUCAGGUUAUGCAUUCGGUCUUCAUUCCCGUGCCAAAUACAACUUUCCAGCUUGAUUAUCUAAUACCGGAAGAUACAUUUUUUGACCCUGAUCACGGUAACACAAGAAAUCUACGACUGUUUUUGUACAAUGAAGACGGCACUGAGCUGGCCAAAAGCUCUUGGAUUGAUUUGGCCGGACAAACGGUCAGGCUGUUUUCAUCAAAGGAGAUCGUCAGUAGGCAACCGGCAGGCGGUUACAAGUUUAGACUCAGCGCUAUUGAUCCGGAACCACUAGAAAACCAUACAACGCUGACGGUGAUGUUCCAAGGGUCCUUUCCACGGCCUAACUACUUGCGGAUAUUUAACCUGACUUCAACCACCAAUGUUGUCGUGGCUACAUUUACUGAUGUGCAAAUUCUUUACAAUCUGAAGACCAAGAUAGCCCCAUUUCUCGGAAUUCAGCCAGAAGACAUGUUCAAUGGGGAUGUUAUCAUUAAGAGGAGUGGAACUACAUCUCUUUCAUUUGACUAUGUCUUCAGCACGAAAUACCUCCUUGAAAAAGACUGCAAUGUUUCUUCGAUAAUCAACCUGAAAAGCAAGCUUGAUAGCUCGGGAGCAGAACAAAGCUUGAAACAACUGCUUUUGCCACAGUUUAGUGUUGUCACCAUGUCCGUUGAGAGAUACCAGAGGCAGUGUAGCACCUAUUCCAGUGAUGCACCUGUUAUUGGCACCUCCUUUGGAACGAUGACAAUCAGGCUUGGUCAGUAUUUCUCUUUCCAAGUCUCCCAGUCUCUUUUCACGCCUCCAGCUGGAACAAACAUGAAAUUAAAGAUAUAUUUGCGAUUCAUCAACAAUACUGCCACGCCAGCUAACUACUGGAUUGGCCUAUCUGGCAACGAUCUUGAUCAAAACAUCCAAAUUCAUGGACUCCCAGUUCUUAAUACAUACAGCAAGCAAAUCUCAUAUAACUUUAAACUUGUUGCUGUGACUCCGAUUCUAAUAGAAAAUUCACAAAAUUUUGCUCUCAGCAUUGAAAAGAGCUUUGCAAGUGUCCUUAUUACAUACACCCUUAAACAGAAUUCGUUGCUUGUUAGCAGCACAGCAACUUUUGCUCGGCUUUUUUCAACUUUCAUGAGCUCAUACCUGGGAGUUAACUCGUCGACGAUCGUUAUUUUAGAUAUUCAAGAAGGGUCAUCGUUCUCUGUCGUAUGGACAUUGUCUUCUCUUUCUCAGGAGCCUUGCAAAUUCGCUGAAAUAAAGAACGUAAAUGAAAAGAUCCUUGCAAGUGAUGGUAGUGUUAACCCUUCUCUUAGAAAUGGACUUUACGGAGCAGCUAGCUUCUCUCCUUCUUCUGUCUCCAUAAAUUUGUUUGGCAGUUGCAAUCCACCAAAAGUCAACAAAACGAUUCCACAACUCUUCGUGCCAAAAUAUGGGUCUUUGGUAUACUUGGUUCCUAAUGAUGCUUUUUCGAUAGCAAAUAGUGCAGAUACGCUUAAAAUUUCACUGCUCGACAGUACUGGAAAUGCACUAUCAGUUGAUUCGUGGAUUUGGUACAACAACAACACUAGAUAUAUAUCUGGAACGCCUACUUCCGUAUCACAGAAGCAACAAUAUUCCUAUAUCUUACGAGCAGAGAAUGUAUACGGUAGUUUUGCUGAUCAAAAUAUCUCCGUCAUUCUCAACUGGACGGCGCCUGCAUUCACUCUAAAAUACAGAAUAACUUUCACUCACCUUUUAUCGACAUUGCCAUAUGCUAAUUUGUUAACAUUUUUCCUCCAAAAGUUAAAGACAUACUUUGCACAGCCAAAUAAACAGAACAUCGUUCUUUCGCAAGUUGCUUACCUUUCAAACGCCAAAAUAAUCCUUAUUUAUCAAAACACCUCGCUUCGGACUGACGUUUGUGAUGUCAUCGGAAAUAACGCCAUCCUGGGGAAACUCCAAGCCUCGAUAAUAGAUAAGACUCCGAAUAGAGCAUUUGUAGCUGCAAUGAAUCCAGAAUUUUCAGUCACUGGUGUCGAGGUAUUCCUUUACGGAAACUGUCAGAUUUUACAGAGGAAACCACCAUAUUUCAAUUUUUUUAACCCGAUUGCAUACGACUUUGGGGCUUCGAUUAAAACUGUCUCAUACUGCUCUGCGAGUAGCUAUAUAGUCCCUGAAGUCAUGUUUCACGACGAAGAAGAGGGUGGCACUAGGAACUUGAAACUAGACCUUCUCAAUCUAAGCAAGCAAGCUUUGCCUCUCAACAACUGGGUGAAUAUUAAUAGUACAUCCCAAACAAUUUAUGCGGUUGCAGAUGAUGAGCCAUUUUCUAAGAUAACUGAAGCGUACCAAAUGUUUCGGCUAUUUGCUUAUGACAGCGAUGGGAAAUACGACAAUGUUCGGCUGAAAUUCAAUGUUUCUGGUCCACCACCACCUGGGCACUAUAAUGUUACAAUGCAAUUACGCGUAUCUGAGAUCUUUCAACAGCCAUAUGUACUCCAGUUAGCGCAUCUAUACGGUUUCUUCAAGCAGCUUUUCCCGAAUGGACCAGCAAUUCAUGUUCGAUCCUACAAAUUCGAAGACCCUGCACAUCCGUCAAUUGCAAAGUUCGUUUGGAGUCCCUGUGGCAUGGAGAGAAAAUUCUGUAAUCUCUCAGUUAUUGAUCUGGUGAGAUCAAAAGUAUUUGCCCCUGGUACUAGAAGUAUGAAUACAAACUUAAACAGCAUUUUUCAAGGAACUUUCACCGUAUUGAGUGUAUUUGAGUCAGCUGCAGACAGUUGUCAGCAAAGUCCCCCCGUCUUAUCAGCAAGUCUCCCUACCCUUUACAUUGAAUUCUGCGGGCAGCUGACGUACAGAAUCCCAUCAAAUACCUUUACUGACAAACAAGACGGGAACACAUUAAAUCUUAAACUGCGUUUGCUUAACGCUGACGCCACCGUUAUUCCAGAAGGCAACUGGUUACAUUUCGAUCAAGCAAAACAAGAAGUGAGAGCGGUUCUUACUGAAGAUCAAACAGCAUCAAGCUUUUCAAGGCAGCAUGUGUUUAUUCUUGUAGCAACUGACUCAAAUGGAAACUCGGCCAAUACCACCUUAAGUGUCAGUAUUAAUGGCUCACAACCUCCAUAUAGUCACUCUUUUACGAUUCAGGCAAAGUAUACUUCUGCAUCAGUCAAUGGUUUGCUAUAUAAAUUCUCAAAGAGAGUUCAAGAAUUUUUCGGGGACACAAUACCAACUUUUCAGGCAUUGAGAAUGACUGAAGCUAUUGGGAAGAAAAUUAUAGUCACUUGGUCUAAUUGUAGUUUACGGUAUGAUCCUUGUGAUGUCCUCGGAAUAAAGCAAAUCCAGACGAGGCUACUGUCUUCCUCCGGUCUUCUGAAAAAUGAGUUUUCUCUUGCAAUGCAGCCUGAUUUUACAGAACUAUUUAUUUCCGAGACAAACAGUGGUCCAUGUUCUUUGGAUGAGCCUCCUAAGCUUGCUGUGCCAUUUGGUCCAAUAACUGUCACAUCAUGUGAGACAUAUAGAGCAAUUAUUCCUGUCGGUACCUUUACUGAUAAAGAGCAAGAUAACACCCGCAAUUUGGACCUGAAACUUGCAGGCAACAGUUACCAAUGGGUUCGUUUCGAUACAAGAAAACAAGAGCUUGCAGUGCUUGUUACUAACCAAAUAGCCUCUGCUUUUCCUACUAGCUCAGUAAAGGUCACUCUUAUGGCAACCGACUUGAAUUUGCAGUCUGCAGAACAGGAGAUUGUCAUAAAUAUUGUGAAGGAAACAAAAGCUGCAACACAUAAAAUCACAAUGCAAUAUAGUAUUACUUCACUCCAACAGGAUUUUAUCACAUUAUAUGACGUAAUGAGACAAAAUAUUACAAAGUACUUUAGUAAACAUAGUAAUUUGUUAUCUUCGGUGGAAUUCAAUUCUUUACCUUCGAGUUUGACCACUGGCACAGUUAUGAAUACUGAAUGGAGCAGUUGUUCUUUGCAACGAGCAACUUGUGAUCAGUCUGGGAUAAACGCCAUAAUCAAUAUGAUAACACCAGGUGGUGUUAUAAACGAGACGUUUAGAUUAGCCCUUAGACCUUAUUUGGAUGUGACGACAGCGACAGUUGCAUUGCAAGGAACUUGCAAAGCAAUAAAUGCUGCGCCGGUUGUACAAAACCCACUGCCAGUUAUAAAUAUAAGCUACUGUGGCUAUACAGAGUAUCAAGUUCCUGAAAACACUUUCCACGAUUCAAUCGACGGAUCAACCAGGGCAUUGACCUUGAUGUUUUUAAACUCUUCAAAUCAACCAGCAACUGAGAAGUGGAUAGAGUUUGACUCAAAAACACAGAAAUUUCUCCUUCUUCUUGAUGAUAAUGCUAUUCCUGGGAAGAUAUUUCCAAGAACGUUUGAUUUUGUUCUCAAGGCCACAACCAAAAGAGGAUUGAGUGUGACUGACAAAGUUCGUCUCCAUUUAUCGAGCAUUUACCCAAACGCUAGCUUCUUGAUAAAGAUAAAUUUUGCAUGGGUAGCACCAAGUCCCCCGUCAAGAAACAACAUAUUGAAAACAAUAAUCAACAGAUUUACAAAUUAUCUAGGGGGGACACCAAAUGAUAUACACAUAGCCGAACUUAAGCAAGAGCCUCAAAGCUCAUAUCCGUACUUUGUAUUAAAGAUUGCAAACUGCACAGUACGAUAUUCACCCUGUGAUCGAGAAACUCUCAAUGCAAUUGCGCCUAAAAUACAUGAUAAGCAUGGCACAGUUGCUGCGUUUGAAUCGGCAGUUGGUGCUUCUGAUAUCUACAUUACCUAUGUGCAAAUUGCUGAACUUGGUCCGUGCCUUAGAAGAAAUACACCUCCAGCCGUUUUGAAUAAGCUUAGCAAGAUUCAGGUUGGUACUUGCUCGGAUUUUAAUUACACAUUGCCCGAGAAUACAUUUCAUGACGAGGAGGACAGAGUACUUCAGCUUUCAGUAACUAAAGUAAAUGGAAUUCCAGUGAGUGGGAAUUACAGGUGGUUGCGAAUUGUGUCAGCUGGCCGCAUGCUGUUUGGGGUAAUCACAAACAGGGUCCUUGUGGAACAACCUACCAACGGCUACAAUGUGACAAUCCGGGCAACUGAUAGUGGUGGGCUAUUUGUGGAGACAUCUCUAAAUGUGCAGAUUUUCGGCCAGCUACCUCAGGACUACUACCAGUUUACUCUUGAACUUAGUGCUGUAAGAAUUGGCGAACAGUUUAUGGAAGAGCGCGAGGUGAUAAGAGUACUUAAUUGGUACUUUAAAAAGAACUUUACGAAUAUUAUGGUUUACACACAUUCUCCAACGACAAACCGUAUCACAAUAAAGAGCAGUAUUUGCGUGUUACCGAAGAAAUGCGACGAAAUUGCAGCAUCAACCUAUUUUCAGAAAAUCAAAACAAUUCAAGGCAGUGUUCCAGCAGAGCUACAGGCCACAUUAUCGUAUAGAUAUACAAUAAUUUCAACGUCUGUUUAUAGAGCAGCAGUGUGCCAGCAGCCUAUCAACGCACCUGUUCCAUCUUUGAGCACUUGGACUAUCCCGUCUACCUACUGUAGUGGAUUUAGAAGUAUUGUCCCAGACAGUUUAUUCCAGGAUCCUGAGGACGGAAGCACUAGAAACUUGCUUUUGGAACUCUAUAUAGAAAAUCGUAAACAGCUUCCUGCAGAUUAUUGGGUUCAACUCAACAAGACAUCACAAACAAUCUACGGUAGACCAACUCGAGCCAUUGCAUUGAAUUAUUCCACAUCAAGCAUCUUGACAUUAGUAGCAACGGACAAAACAGGUCAGGAGGCCUCGGUCUCCAUUAGAUUUUCGUUUACUCACCACGAGGAACCAAAGUAUAUAUAUAAGCUCGUUUAUCAAACAAGCAGAAAGUACUCUAAAGCAAUUGAUGAAAUAGUCGAUUUUUCUCAGCAAUUGCAGAAUUACCUCAAUGAUUAUUCUCAAUCGACUUUGGUCUCAUUCUACACUCAGAGCCUUUUUCUGGUUCCCAUUCUAUUCAUUACGCAAAUUGCUCUAUUUCGUACAACCCCUGUGACAAGGCGCGUUUGA